AUGGCUCUCUACAAGCACAAGCCUCUUUCACCUGGACGCUGCACCCGGGUGUUACUGUUGCACCCGAACAAGGACCGCACAGCGCCCAUCCAGAUCAGCCUACUGGAGACAGCAUUGCCCGAAGACAAGGAAGAACGUGCUAUGUAUGAAGCUUUGUCCUAUGUCUGGGGUGCAAAGACAGGUGAUCAGAAGAUCGACUGUGACGGGUCUCCCUUGCUUGUCACGGCCAAUUGUCUCGCUGCUCUUCAAAGACUGCGUCUCGACGACACCCCUCGGAGCCUGUGGAUCGAUGCCAUCUGUAUCGACCAGGGCGCCGGAACAGAGAAGAAUCACCAGCUCAAGCUCAUGGGAGACAUCUAUUCCCGGGCGCAGAGGACGCUGGUCUGGCUCGGCCAAGACAAUGGUCUCGUCGCCCAGCUUUUCCGCCAACUCUCGCGGCCGGAAGAAGGCGGCGUGACGGCAGCAUCGCUACAAACCGUGCUCAGCAACCCAUGGUUCAGCCGCGCCUGGACGCUCCAAGAGCUCUGUUAUGGGCGGGAUGUCCUCAUGAUCUACGGCGAGACCGCAGUGUCGUGGGCCGCGUUUGUCGACCGCCUUGACUGGCGGAAACAUCAAGACAAACAGGUUCCAGCGGCGUUGUACACACCCUUUGUCAAGACCACGAGUUUCUAUGGCCUGUUCCAGAUAAUGAGCGAUCCCAGCAAGAUGACGGAGCGGUUCGCACAGGACGGCAUCGGCUUAAUGGGCCCGUUGGUGUUUUCAUUCGUCAGAGACCGCAAGGCCACCGAGGCCCAAGACAAGAUCUACGCGUUCCACCGUCUCCUGGUCGACAUCGGCUUUCGCCUUCCGAAUCCAGACGUGGCCAAACCGGUACCUGAGCUCUACGAGGAGGUGACAUUCAUCCUCGUCCAGCAGUCGCGGUCGCUCAAGCUCUUGGAGUCUGUGGCGAGCAAGACGCGAAUGGACAACCUGCCCUCCUGGGUGCCGGACUAUAGCCAGGAAUCCUGGCCUCCCGGCAGCGUCGACCAAGGCCGAGGAGCAGGAGGAGGAGGCUUCCCUACCUUCCCCGGCAACUGGACGUUGGCGCCCCGGACGCCAGGCCGGCUCAAGCUGAAAGGACUACCGUUCAGUACGGUGCGUGCCGUCGGAGCGAGGAUGCCGGACGUCGACGAAGCCUUGUCGGACCCUCGGGCCGCACAUUCGCUGGCCAUCCGCAUCCUCGAGACGAUAUACAGGUGGAUGAGCCUCGUGCAGAACCUCGACAUACCGCUGGCCUUUGACGCCGCGGCCGACGACUAUUCCCACGCCCACCCGGACUCUUACCCUCUGCUGGCCACGGAGAUGGCCAUCUCGUACCCGGACCCGCGCUGCUCGGUGCGCAUUGUGAUGCUGGCCCGUCUGGUCCUACCCCUGCCCGAGCCCGACGUGGACGCCGGUGCCCCGGACAUGUCGGCGUACCUCGAGUACCUGCAGCUCUUGCACGCCGCGCACCAGCUGUGGCACUGGCUGCAGCUCAUGUUCGACCAGGACCGGCGCGCACAGGUCAUGCGGGCGUACCCCGACCAGAGCGUCGCGAGGAGGUGGGCCGCGGCCUCGCCCGCGGAGGUGUACCGCGACCUCGUCGACCACGAUCGGCGCGCGAGGCCCAUGGCCGAAAGGAUGAUCGCGUCGCUGUCGAACAGCUUUUUCGCGCGUCAUCGCGAGGAGAUGCUGCUGAUUACGCACAACGGCGCGCUGGGUGUGUCGGCGGGCAACGUCGAGCCGGGAGACAUGGUCGUGCUUUUCCCCGGCGCUUCUCUGCCGUUCGUCGUGAGACCUGUCGCUGACGACGUAGGCCCGCGCGGCGGCGGUGGUGACGACGGCGAGGACAAAGCCCGCUUGGUCGGGACAACCUACAUACCUGACUGUAUGGACUUGGAGUGGAAUGAUCCAAGUACCUGGGAAGACCCCCUGAUGGAUCUCACUCUGGUUUGA